GUCCCUUUAGUGGAACAUUAUUCCCCAGUACAAGUACUGUACAACUCACAUACCAGUACAAGUAGCACUGUUCACUUCGAACCUCACCUUGCAUCCAUUUACUGGUACCUGCGCCAUCCUCUUCGUCUGCGCUCUUAUCCUCAUCUGUAUUCUCCUUUUAUUUUUACCUGGCUGUUACGCUUUUUUUUCCGAGCUACAAGUCACCGCCAGACUUCGCGAUUAAGCGUCUAAUUUUCCUCCUCUUCGUGAAGGAACUUGGGCAUCCUUCCCCAUCUAGAAGAUAUCUACCAAAUUUGCCCACCAUGCCUGGAACUCAUUUCAAGCAAAUCACCCAGUUCAAGGCUGACUAUGCCCCCAGUGUUAUCACUAAAUAUGAGUCCCAAAGAACCGGAAUGUCUGCGGUAGUUGUCGACCGAGAGGGUCCAAAAGUUCUUGGAUACUUUGCUCUGGCUACGGAGAUCUUGGAUGAUUCAGGAGCUCCGCAUACCUUAGAACAUCUAUGCUUCAUGGGAUCUAAGAACUACCGUUACAAGGGAGUUCUAGACAAGAUGGCAAGCAGGGCAUACUCUAAUACGAAUGCCUGGACCGCCACGGACCAUACAGCAUACACUCUUGAGAGUGCUGGUUGGGAAGGUUUCGGUCAGAUUCUGCCGGUUUACCUCGAACAUGUUCUCCUCCCUACCAUAACCGACAGCGCGUGCUAUACUGAGGUCCACCACAUCAAUAGUGAAGGGCAAGAUGCAGGGGUUGUCUACUCCGAGAUGCAGGGUGUAGAAAACACAGCAAGCACAUUAACCAAUCUUGAGGCUGUCCGGAAGUUAUAUCCUGAGGGAGUUGGCUUUAGAUACGAAACUGGGGGGAUGAUGGGCGCCCUGAGAGUUCUGACAAGUGACAGGAUCAGGGAGUUUCACAAAGAUAUGUAUCAGCCGAAAAAUCUGUGUGUUGUGAUAAUAGGGGAGAUCGUCCAUGGUGAGUUGUUGAAAAUUCUGGAUGAGUUUGAGGAUUCUAUAAUGGAGGAUAUCUCAGACCCAAAUGCGCCCUGGCGAAGACCUUGGAUCGAGUCGAAGCCGGUUCCACAAUUAAACAGUUCAUCUAUAUCUACGGUUGAAUUUCCAGAAAAGGAUGAGUCCAGGGGGGAAGUAAUCGUUGGUUUCUUGGGUCCCGACUGCACUGAUCCCAAAUCGACGGCAGCCCUCGAAACCCUUGGCACAUUUCUUACUGGGUCAUCUGUCUCUGUUUUAGAGAGCCAAUUGGUGGAAUGUGAAGAUCCUGUUGCUUCUAGCGCCAUGUUCUACGUGGAGGAUAGGCCAGAUUCUUUGAUAUGGCUGUCGCUCUCCAGUGUUUCUACAAAACGUCUAGCCGAAGCUGAGCAAAGGCUCUUCGAGGCACUGAAGAAAACGGUCGACGAGCCUUUGGAUUUUAAGUACAUGCAGGAGUGCCUGAGGCGUACAAAACGACAGAAGAAAUACGGCUUCGAGAACUCUGGAGAGUAUUUCGCUACUCCAGUCAUUACGGAUCACCUAUUUGGAAAGCGAGAUGAAUUCCUAAGAAGAUGGGUUGCGGAAAAUACGCAUGUCUCUGUUUUGGGGCGCCCAUCCGCAAAGCUGGCCAAGAGUAUCGAAGAGGGCGAGAGGGCAAGGAUAGCUGCAAGGAAGAAGGAGCUAGGCGAGGAAGGUCUUAAGAAGCUUCAGGAAAGGUUAGACGAGGCAACCACGGACAAUGAGAGAGAAAUUCCAAAAGAGCUCCUGGGGAAAUUUCCGGUUCCUGGCAUAGAAGCAAUUCAUUUUAUAAAAACUGAUGUAAGCCUUUCCUUUCUCUAUCCACUAACCAGUUCUUUACACAGAGAUACCGAGGCCCAAAAAAUCAUUGACAAAGACUCUGUAGGUAUUCCACUAUAUUUGCACUACGAGAACGUUACCUCGAAUUUCGUCAAAAUCGUUCUCCUAAUCUCCACUGAGUCAAUCCCUGUAGAGCGGCGCCCUUUGCUGGCGGUGUAUCUCGAAAAUUUCUUUGAUACACCAGUGGCGAGGGGCGGUGUGAGAAUCGAAUUUGAACAGGUUGUGGCAGAGCUGGAAAGGGAUACAGUGGAUUAUGAUAUUGGCUCAGCUUCAUAUAUGGAUGCAGCAGAGAACAUCAGAAUUAACUUCCGGAUAGAGCCAGAAAAGUACGAGGUAGCCAUAAAAUGGCUACGGGAGUUAAUGUGGGAUAGCAUAUUUGAUAAAAAGCGCCUUGCUACAACUCUUACAAAAAUGAAGAGCGACAUUCCCGAGGAAAAGCGGCAGGGAAACCAAAUGAGCUGGUCUGUAGCUCGCAUGGUCGCGUAUUCCCGUCACUCAGUUUCCCGGGCUCAGGAUACUCUUACCAAAGCAUUGUAUCUUAAACGCAUUAGCAAGCUUCUUGAGGACAAACCGGAAGAAGUUAUAGAAAAGUUCGAGGAGUUGCGCCAAAAAUUUACCAUGAUCGACAAUAUCCGUAUACUUAUAGUUGGAGAGUUGGCAAAACUAAAGAAUCCGGUCUCGGCGUGGAAGGUUUUCACUGAUGGUCGGCCAUUUAGCGGUAAACUAUCACCCAUCGACCGCAGGGGGCCGCGGCUCACACCCGAGGGUGCAAAGCCAGGAAAAAUCACGCAUAUUGUCCCACUUCCGACGAUUGACUCCUCCUUUUCAAUCCAUUUCGCUGUCGGACCCGAUAGCCCAAGUCACCCUAAGCUUCCAGCACUCCUUCUGGCUAUAUCAUAUCUUGAUGCCGUUGAAGGCCCUCUAUGGAGGGCUGUUCGGGGAACAGGGUUGGCUUACUCAACCCACUUUAUGAAAGACUUGGAUGCCGGUCACCUGUUUUACACUAUCUACCGUUCUCCUGAUGCUUAUAGAGCAUGGGAGGUGUCGAGGAAAGUGAUAAAUGACCAUAUAGAUGGGACUGUCGCAUUCAACAAACACGCUCUAGAAGGUGCGCUCAGCGGAAUAGUUGUAUCGUUUGCCGAUGGCGAAUCCACUAUGUCUGCUGCCGCCACCGUAUCCUUCGUGAACCAGGUCGUCCAUAACCGGUCAAAGGACUAUAACAUGCAAUUAUUAAAGAAGGUGAAGGAGGUUUCAGUGGAUGAUCUGAGGAGCAGUCUCAAAGAAUUUUUGGUGCCGAUAUUCCAGUAUGAUACAAGUAACAACAUAAUCGUUACCGCACCGGUGAAAACUGACUCUAUCAAAGCGGCAUAUGAGAAGGAAAAUUUCACUGUUACGGUCAAUCCCUUGUCAUUCUUCCAAGAUGAUUAUGGAUUGAAGUAUGGCUUGAAAGACGGACAAGAGGAGGACGAUGAUGAUAUUGACGACAUUGAUGAGAGCGACGAUGAUGACGAAGAUAGCGAAGACGAGUAAGGCCGAGCUCGCGUGAAAGGGUAGAGGGGUAGAUAUACUAGAGAUUUGCUAGAUCCCUGGGUAUGGUCAUGGUCGGAUGUGUCAACAUAAACCAAAAACAUAGUUGAGGGUGCUCAAUUGGGCACUACCGAGCCU